UUGAAUUUAGUUGAAAUAAGUAUUAAUUUAUUACCCUUUUUGUGUUAUUGUUCGUCAAAUAAAAGCUAUUAAAAAUGACUAGUGAAGCAGAAAAAGUUCUACCUCAUGUAAAAAAGAACAAUCAAAUGAAUUUGAAAAAUCUCCGCAUAUCUUUGAGGUAUAGGCCGAAACUUUUAAAACUUAUCUUAAAAAUGAGGCAUUGCAUCAGGAAAAAGAACCUCUUACUAAUGAAAUUAAAGGAACGAUUAAAGGUUUUGGACAAAACAUCUCUGCAGAAAACAGAUUCAUAUUGCCAAACUGAGAGUGAAUCUUUGAGUUCCACUAUAGAUACCAAUACAGUAGGUUCCAAAUCAAACGAUUCAUCCAAGUCUUUACCUAAGACAGAAGAGUCCUCUGAUGUUAAAGAAGAGUCCGGUUGGGAUGUAAACAAAGACGGUGAGAAAGCUAUGAGUAUAGCUGAUCAAGUGAAGGAGAUUGCCCAAAGUGCAUUGCAGCAGUCGGGAAUGGUUUACGUUGAGUCUGCAGGCAUGUACUACGACUAUAAGACUGGUUACUAUUAUAAUUCUGAAUUGGGUCUGUACUAUCAUACAGACACAGGGUGCUACUACUAUUACUGUGAUGAGAAGAAAAACUUUGUGUUCCACUCAUACCCAGACCGCAGUGCUGUGGCAGCAAAUGCUGCGUUACUUGCUCAUGAAAAAAAGAAAGCUAAAAAGCAUAAAAAGGAUUGGAAGAAAGAAGAUGACAUUGAUAACCUGACGAAAAACUUAGCUCAGGGCAGAGAAGACGAUGCAAGCCAGCAAGAAAGUCAGCCCAAAAGACGGAAGACAGACAAGAAGAAGAAACGCAAAAGCAAAGAAUCUGCUGCUGUCAAAAAACAGUUAGAAAACGAUGAAAAGCAGAAGACAGAUGCUAGUGAAGAAAAUAAAGAAAAAGUAGACGAGAUAUUUGAAGCAAAAAAUAAAGAAAAAGAAGAAAACACAGAUACUAAGGAUACAAAGGCUGAAAAAUCAGAUGAAGAUCUAGAAGAUGGAGAAUGCAGUGAAUCAGGCAGUGAUGGAUCAGACACUGAAGAGAGCUCGGCACGAAGUACUUCAACUGCCAGUGAUGAUGACGAUGACGACGCAGUAGCGAAGCACCAUCCGCCGUGCAUGCGGGUGAUCGUCAAGGAGACGAGUCUAGCCAAGCUGAAGGUGGGCAGUCUGUACCUCGUGACCAAAGAUGGCGGCACCGUCGGCCGCGAGGGUGACCACCACGCUAUAGUGUUGAGAGACGCCAACGUGUCCAGGAAUCACUUGGACAUCAGAUACGAUCUGGCAGGCAGGACUUAUAUGGCCAUGGAUUUGGGUUCCAAGAAUGGCACCAUAUUAAACGGCAUGCGCAUGAGUGAGAGCCAAGUUGUCAGCAAACCUAUAGAGAUAAUUCAUGGCAGUAUCCUACAACUCGGUGAAACCAAACUGCUAUGUCACAUACAUGCAGGGAAGGACACGUGUGGACACUGUGAACCAGGCCUUCUAUUGGAAACUGAAGAAAAAGAAAAGAAAGCUGCCUACACUCGAACGUGUAGCGUACAGAAACAGCACCAACUAGAGUUGGCUCGGCUCAAGAACAAAUACGCGCCUCAACCGAAAGCAAUUGAGGAGACCGCGUAUAACGACCGGGCGCAGGCGAGGCGAACUAAAGUCGGGUCUUCGCAUCACGCUGAGAAGACUCAGUCUGCUGAUAUUGACUCGUUUAUAACUCCAGAAAACAAGGGUUUCAAGCUGCUGGAGAAAAUGGGCUGGUCGAAGGGCGAGGGCCUCGGCAAGGACAACCAGGGAGACACCGAACCUAUCCCCUUAGUCAGCAACGAAGGUACAGCGGGCCUGGGGGCCACCGUAGCACCAGCUCCCAAAGUGACCGGCACCCUUGGACCCGCCACCAUGAGGCUCGCCAACAAGACCAAGAUGCUGAGACCACCCGCCAAGGCCUUCCAGAACGAUGAUGAUGAUGACGACCUAGAAGAAUAAUACUGUGUUACAAACGUUACCCACUGUGUUACUGUUAACUGCCAUUUAACAAUGAGUUAGGUAUUAGCUAAUUUUCAAACGUUAAAAUGUGAAGUUUGAGUAGAUAUCUAUGCUAGCGAUCAAUUCCAAUGAUUUUAUGUAAAUACUAGUUCAUAUUAUUGUUAAUAUUUUUUUAUUUUUACCUUAUGUAUUUAACUAGCUUUAACAAAUGUUAUUUUAGACUUAAGUCUU